AUGAAAAGUGGCGAUCCCGGUGAUGAGAUCGCUACCGGCCAGAUGGCUCGUGCUGUGAUAGACCAGGAAGGUGUUAUUGCCGACGUCAACAUUAGUUUAUGCAGGCUAUUGGAGUAUUCCAAAAAUGAACUAACAGGUAAAAAAUUCAGCGAGUUGGAAGACAUUGAACAGGUAAGAGCGGACCCGUUGCGUUUCGAUCUGCAAGAAAGUGGUCAGGAUAUCAUUAAGGAAAGGCGGCUUAAAAAGCGGGAUGGUGGUUUCGUGGAACUGGAGUUGAACGUAAAAGUAAUCGAUGGCAACCGAUUCCUGGCAAUUGGGCGCGACCUGAGGGACCUUCGUAGUGUGCAGAAGCAAAUUGCCCUCAGUGAAUCUACACUCAGGGGUGCUUUUGAACAUUCUGCUAUAGGCAUGGCACUUGUAUCGCCGCAGGGAAAAUGGUUGCGG